AUGGAAGUUGGUCCUACCAACUGGAAAGCGACCUGUUUUGUGCCAACAAAGUCAGAUGCUAAAGUUGUUGCUUUCAGAAGGUGGUUAGAGAAGUACUCGGGCGGUCAAAUUAACUGGGGAGGCAAGUUCAGUGGAGAACUUCCUCCAACUCCUCCGAAAGAACAACUAAUGGACAGGUACUGGUCGCACGUAGUGAAUUGCAGUAGUUGCAGCCUUGCAUAUAAGAGUCUCAACGUCAUUGAGGUUGUGCUGCCGGUGAUUUCCAUCGGUUCAAUCGGCAUUGUUGCUGCAACCAAGCAGAAUGCGAUGUCAGCAGCCACAAGAACUUCACUUGUAUUGAUGGCAAUCCUGUGCUUUGCAGCUUCGAGAUGGUUGGCUCACUUCAUUUACAAGAACUUCCAUUUUCAUGACGACAGUCAUGCCCAUCUUUAA